AUGCCCUCCAACAACCCAGAUCAUCCUCCAUCAAAGUACCUCCCUCCCCUUCCAAACUUCUGGCUUCCAACCUUUAUCAAAAACCAAUUCCUCACCACAAUCCCACCUCCAAAAUACACUCAAGUCCAGUCUAAAACAGCAAUCAUCACCGGCUCAAACACAGGUCUCGGCUUCGAAGCUUCACGCCAACUCAUCUCCCUUGGUCUAUCUCACCUCAUCAUGGGUGUACGGAACUUGCAAAAGGGGAGAGAGGCAGCCAGGAAGCUAGAACAGGAGGGAAAAGGGGUGAAGAUUGAUGUUUGGGAAUUGGAUAUGUGUGAGUAUGACUCUAUUUGGGCAUUUGCGAAAAAGUGUGGGACGUUGGAAAAGGUGGAUUUAGUGAUACUCAACGCUGGAUUAUCACCAUCCAAAUUUGAGACUGUCAAGGGAACGGGUCAUGAACUUGCUGUGCAGGUAAAUCACUUUAGCACAGCUCUUCUAACCCUCCUCAUCAUCCCCAUUCUCAAAACCAAAUCCUCAAAUCCUCAUAUCAGCAUCGUCAACUCCCUAACCGCCCACCUCUGCGCCUUUCCCAACCACAAACAAAACCCUCUCCUCCCCUCCUUCGACGACCCCGCCAACUUCAUCAGUCCCAGCGAACGAUACGGCGUGUCGAAGCUACUUAAUCAACUCUUCGUUGUUCGAUUGAGUGAGAAGAUAUGUGCAGAUGAUGUGGUGAUCAAUAUGGUUGACCCGGGUCUUACGAGCGGUACGAAUCUGGGUGGUCACCACAACGCGAAAGGCUUGGGAGGGAUGGUCGUUAGGACGAUUUUGAAGAUGGUGGGGAGGAGGGUAGAGGAGGGUGCCGCGACGUAUACGGAUGCUGUGUUUGGUCAUGGGAGGGAGAGUCAUGGAUGUUUCUUGAUGAGCUGUGAGAUUGCGCCGUAA